GCCAAUCAAGAUUGGGAUUCCGAAGACCGUGACCAAUCAUUAGCGCAAGCCUCGGUUUGGGCACGAUCCAGACUUAUAAAUUCUUUGUCCCGCCUUGCUCAAAGGUGGCAUCCACAUACUUCACAGUGGUCAGUGGGUUAACUGUGGCAAUAGCAGCACUCCACAUCUUCGCUUGUAUUUUCUAUUAUAACUAGCAUACAGAAUGAGGGAAAUCGUGCACAUUCAGGCCGGCCAGUGCGGUAACCAGAUUGGGGCCAAGUUCUGGGAGGUGAUCAGCGAUGAACAUGGCAUCGACCCAACAGGCACCUACCACGGAGACAGCGACCUGCAGCUGGACAGGAUCAGUGUCUACUACAACGAGGCUUCAGGUGGCAAGUAUGUACCCAGAGCGGUCCUAGUGGACCUGGAGCCCGGCACCAUGGAUUCUGUCAGAUCCGGACCCUUCGGACAGAUCUUCAGACCAGACAACUUUGUGUUUGGUCAAAGCGGCGCAGGAAACAACUGGGCAAAGGGCCACUACACUGAGGGAGCAGAGCUGGUGGACUCAGUCCUGGAUGUGGUGAGGAAAGAAGCUGAGAGCUGCGACUGCCUCCAGGGAUUCCAGCUCACCCACUCCCUGGGUGGGGGCACUGGCUCGGGCAUGGGCACCCUGCUCAUCAGCAAGAUCCGUGAAGAGUACCCCGACCGCAUCAUGAACACCUUCAGCGUGGUGCCCUCCCCUAAAGUGUCAGACACGGUGGUGGAGCCCUACAAUGCCACCCUCUCGGUUCACCAACUUGUAGAGAACACGGACGAGACCUUCUGCAUUGACAACGAGGCUCUCUACGACAUCUGCUUCCGGACCCUUAAACUCACCACGCCGACUUACGGAGACCUCAACCACCUGGUGUCGGCCACCAUGAGCGGAGUGACCACCUGCCUGCGUUUCCCCGGCCAGCUCAACGCCGACCUCCGUAAAUUGGCCGUCAACAUGGUGCCUUUCCCCCGUCUCCACUUCUUCAUCCCCGGCUUCGCCCCCCUCACCAGCAGGGGGAGCCAGCAGUACCGUGCCCUCACCGUGCCGGAACUCACCCAGCAAGUGUUCGACGCCAAGAACAUGAUGGCCGCAUGUGACCCGCGUCACGGUCGCUACCUCACUGUCGCCGCUGUCUUCCGUGGCCGCAUGUCCAUGAAGGAGGUGGACGAGCAGAUGCUCAACGUCCAGAACAAGAACAGCAGCUACUUCGUUGAAUGGAUCCCCAACAACGUCAAGACCGCCGUCUGCGACAUUCCUCCAAGAGGCCUCAAAAUGGCCGUCACCUUCAUCGGCAACAGCACGGCCAUCCAGGAGCUGUUCAAGCGUAUCUCUGAGCAGUUCACCGCCAUGUUCCGCCGCAAGGCCUUCCUCCAUUGGUACACCGGAGAGGGCAUGGACGAGAUGGAGUUCACUGAGGCAGAGAGCAACAUGAACGACCUGGUGUCUGAGUACCAGCAGUACCAGGACGCCACCGCCGAGGAGGAAGGUGAGUUUGAGGAGGAGGCUGAGGAGGACGCUUAAAGACGGAGUGAAGCAACAUGAGCGAGGUGGAAGAAUGAAGAAAAGUCCUACAGAAAGCCGGAAAAUAACAAAAUACCACAAAAAGAGGAAAACAAGAAAAGUGCCAAAAGAAAACCGGAGAAAUACUAUAGAACGUAGCUGAGAAGAGGAGGGGCCCAAUUGCACACCCAGAAAUGGAGGAUCAAAUCUGAAAAUGGUUGAAAUGGCUCAACGAGAACAGAAUGACUGAAGAAUGUGACUGGACAAGGGAGAAUGAAUGUAAGUAAGAGAGGAGGAGAGGAGUGACAAGCAGCAUUAUGAACAAAUAAACCGGACGCAGUCUGCAUUCCAUUUACUGUGACACCAUUUAAUAAAUAAGUACGUUAAGAAACAAAAUUGUUGAAAGAAAGUUAAAGAAGAAGCCUGUGCCUAUGACAAAAUUGUUCCUGUUAUUUUCAGUGUUAUUUUUGUUGUUGCCAUGAUUUUGCAUUUAAUCAUGUCACAAAUAAAUGUGAAUGUGACCACAUAAGCACUACAGGACCUCUCACCCCACAGUUCUGAUUUUGAGACUAUGGUUAUUAACUUAUAGCCUGGUCCCAGAUCUGUUUGUGCUGUCUUGCCACCAACUUCUAUGGUCAUUGCCACUGCCACGUCAUUGGCAAACAGAUCUGGGAUCAAACUAAUUAACUUCUGAACGGUGGCUCGAUUCUGGCCUGACUUUAAUGAAGGUGUCUGUGCCACCUGGAGCCGCCCUCCCCAGGACGCCAACCAACGUCUGUGAAUACAGGAUGACAUAGACAAAGAUGGGAUGAAAAUGAAUCGAUGGAUUUAGUUUGAUAGUGCCAAUGGAACUUUAUAACAAUAUCAUGGCAAUGACUAGUGAACAUGACUAGUGAACAUGUGUUGGGUUCUACCAGUAUUAUCAAUCUCAGUGAUAGUGGAACUGGAACCUAAUGGGGAGAGGUCCAGGAAUUGUAUUCCAUUUGACCAUAGCAAGUUUUUGAAACAAGAUUAUCUGAAGGAACCUCUGCAAAUGUGUGUGUACAGAACAUUUUAGUAAAUGUUUACAUUUUUAACCACUAUUCACAUAGAUUGUCAUUGUUAUUUUAGGUCCAAGCCAGGUUAUCUAUGUCCAAACCCGGCUAUAGUGUCAGGUAUUGUUGACAUCUGUACUGCACUAUGAAGGGAUGAAACUGCAACUCUCUUGUAUGCGUUUUCUUUGUUUUUUUUCUAUUCUGAUGAUUAAAAAAAUGAUCUCUGAGAAAGUGAAAAGCAAGGUGCCCCUGGGGAGAAAUAAAAAGUCCUUUUUAGAAAA